UUAUUGUAUGAAGUACGACAGACGAUGCUAGGCCUACGAAUUUGUUGAACUACAGAAAAUGGAUUGUUUAUCCGAUGACAUCGGUUCGACGGACACAGAUACUGCAAGAGGUCUCUCCUUGCGGGAACAACGACUCCGAGUUCAACAACUAGAGAAGCAGAAUCAGGCCGAAUUUAAGGCUGUCCGAGACGUCCUCGAAAAUGAGCACAAACUGCCUCGUGCUGCCAGGACAUUGGGCAAUUCUUUGCCCAACCCAAGGCCUGGCCUUCAGAGCAUCGUGGACAAGCAGCAGCGGCGACUGUGCACUAUGGUGGAGCAGUUGAAUGGAUUGCAGCACACUCUUCGACUGCGAGAGUCUCAGCUACAGGACGUGGAACGAACACUGAAGUGUCUGGAACUGGACAAUAGUCCUGAUCCAGACGAGCGACAGUAUGAUCAGCGGGUCCGUCAGCUGGAAAAUUGCCUGGAGAAAAUGAACAUUAAAAUCACGGAGGCUGAAAACAUCUACAGCACCUAUAUUGAAGUGCAAGAGCAUCUCUUUCGGGAGGUGAGAGCGAUGCCCCUGGUCCUGGAGAAGCUGCAGUCCACGGUGAUCCGAGGCCAGGUGGAGCUCAGCCAUGUGGCCCAGCUGUCCCACGCCGCCCAGGCUGCUGUGGAGAGCACCAAGGUGAUGCUGGUGCAGAUGGAGCGGCAGCUGGUGAUGGAGCGCAUCUCGCUGGAGUGCAACCUGAACUCCAAGCAGCAGGAGAAGGAGCGGGAGGUGGAGGCGCGCAUGGAGAGGGAGAAGGACGGCGACCGGCGCGUCAGCCGCACACCGCAACACCAACGCAAGGACCAGAGGAAGGCAGAUGGAGGCAAGGACGCAAUCACUGACAUUAUCGACUCUGCUGCCGUCCAUGUGGUGCAGCGGUCAGCCAGCCAGCCCCUGACGCAGCAGUCCCAGGUGAAGAUGGUGAAGGAGAUGGACGACCUGAAAGAUGCUCUUGGCUGCACUGACCUGCAGGAGUUGGAGAGCCGGCUGGUUUCCCAGAAGGCCACCCGUGAGCAGCUCCACACCCAGAUGAGGCAGUGCGAGGAGCUGGUGGCCCAGAGGCAGGAGGGGCUGGCCGCCCUGGAGCUCCAGUACGCACAGAGCAAGUUCAACCCCAGCUCCGGCUCCGGCAGGUACAAGCAGAUGGAGGCGGAGCUGCGUGAGGAGCUGGAGAAGGAACGUGUGCGCUGCCAGGAGUGGGAGGCCAAGCUGGACAAGGCCCGCGCCGUGCUAAGGGGGGUGGAGCAGGGCGUCAACAACCUCUUCUACCUCAUCUCCUGCCUUGCACACAAGGAGUCUAUGGAGGUUUCUCCUCCUCAGGCUCAGGACGCUGUGGAGAAGCUGCAGGAGAUAGACAGCCAGCUGCCCUCGCUCUUCACCGCUACGGAGGCCACGGAGGCCACGGAGAAGAGCGAGGACGCAGGAGGCAGUGACAAGCUGUGGACGUUCCUGGUUCAGACCACCAUGAUGGAGCCUCGCAACUGCAAGAGAGUCCUCAGCCCCACGUACAACAGCAACACUGAAGACACGUUCCAGUUCCGCAGUCACGAGGAGGACUACUCGCUGAGUCGAGACGAGAUCAAACGCCGCAACAAGCAGCUCAUCGAGGCUCACCAGCCCAAGAAGAAGGCCACCAAGGCUGCCAAGAAAGACUAACAGCUCAGAGACACUCACACAAGCACAGGUGGGGCAGUGUGGACAAUAAACAAAAAUAAUGUAUGCUGCGACGUCAAAUAAAUUAGCCCAACAAAAAGGUUU